AUGGAAGAAGAGAUAGCAGCACUCGUUAUUGACAAUGGUUCGGGCAUGUGCAAGGCUGGAUUUGCUGGUGACGAUGCACCUCGAGCCGUUUUCCCGUCUAUUGUUGGACGCCCCCGUAUGCAAGGAGUUAUGGUUGGCAUGGGUCAGAAAGAGACUUACAUUGGUGAUGAGGCUCAAGCUAAGAGAGGCAUUCUUACCUUGAAGUAUCCAAUCGACCACGGUAUCGUCACCAACUGGGACGACAUGGAAAAGAUUUGGCACCACACCAUCUACAAUGAAUUGCGCGUCGCGCCUGAAGAACACCCCGUCCUUCUCACGGAGGCUCCUCUCAAUCCCAGGGCCAACCGUGAAAAGAUGACUCAGAUCAUGUUCGACACCUUCAACGUGCCAGCUGUCUAUAUCGCCAUCCAGGCUGUCCUUUCGCUGUACGCCUCCGGUAGGACGACUGGUAUCGUGUUGGAUUCUGGCGACGGGGUGACCCAUACCGUUCCUAUCUACGAGGGUUUCUCCAUGCCUCAUGCUAUCCAGAGAAUCGAUCUUGCUGGUCGGGACCUUACUGAUUACUUGUGCAAGAAUUUGUUGGAGCGUGGAUACCCCUUUACCACAAGUGCUGAGAAAGAGGUCGUCAGGGAUAUCAAGGAGAAACUCUGCUAUGUUGCGCUUGAUUUUGAGAAGGAGCUGUACACUGCAGCUAAAUCUUCCUCUUUGGAGAAGAAUUACGAGUUGCCUGAUGGUCAAGUUAUCACCGUCGGAAACGAGAGGUUCCGCACAGCGGAGGCCUUGUUUCAGCCUGCUCUCGUCGGUCUUGAAAGCGCUGGCAUUCACGAGACAACCUACAACUCUAUCUUCAAGUGCGACCUCGACAUCCGCCGUGAUCUUUUCGGUAACGUCGUCCUUUCUGGAGGCACCACUAUGUUCCCUGGCAUCUCCGACCGCAUGCAGAAGGAGCUUUCGGCUCAAGCACCUGCCAGCAUGAAGGUCAAGAUCGUCGCACCUCCUGAGCGCAAGUACUCUGUCUGGAUCGGAGGUUCGAUCUUGGCCUCCCUCAGCACCUUCCAGAGCAUGUGGUGCACCAAGGAAGAGUACGAUGAGGCCGGUUCCUCUAUCGUUCAUCGCAAGUUCAUUUGA